GAUAUACAAUGCGCCGUUUAAAGUGACAUAUCCAUAUCCAGUAUUAUGGACGCAUAAUCAUUUACAUUACACUUGUUAUUUUAUGCUUAAAAUUGAAAUUAAGAUUAUUGAAAUCGAAUGCAUUAGGCGAUGGCUUUGGCAUCAAACGAUGACGAUGAUUUUUGGUACAGCAGUGAAAAACGAUCGUUUUGUUUUGAAAGCAGUGAGUCCGACAAUCUGUUUGGAGUGUCGAAAAGCGGCACCGCACAAUUGAGAGCUGGUAUUUCGAAUAUACAAGUUACCGACAACAGUCCCAAGUACGAUGAGCCGCAGUGGAGUACAAAGCCGCUCUUAUCAAUUAUUAGUACUGAUGCGCUCGCACAAGUUCUCGAAGCUGAUAGACUACAGUAUAUCUCGGACGAUUCUUUCAGUGUACAUCCAGAUGCAACGCUUAGAAAUAUAUUGAUCGGCCAGCCCUAUUCGUUAGAGCAGUAUAAAUCACUUUCUAGUAAAACUGCUUUAAUUGAUGCCGCCAUAAAAAGUGGAAAUGGAAAUGCUAUUUUAGGGAUAACGUUAUUUCUUAAAAGAACAUUAAAGCGAAGCGUGCUUCAGAAAUUAUUGUUCGAGAGGCCAGAGGUACUGCAUAUGUACAUUCAUUAUCUUUCAACGAGAAUGUGCAUAAGCGAAAUCUGCGACUUACUUACUGCCCAAGGAAAGACAACAGACGCAGCAAUCAGAUGCUUAAAUAUAAUCAUUAAAAAUACUGAUAAAGCAGAAGGCAGCAUAGACUUGUUGCUCGCAAAAAUAACAAAACAUUACACUAUGUUCUUUUCUAAUUUGUCUGACUGCAGAGAGACAGCUUUUGUUAAAUCAUAUGUAAAACUUUUAGAAUGGCAGAAGAAUUUUCAUUUAAAAUUAAGUGAGCCACUGAAAUGCAACUCCUCCGCAUUAGAAUGCUUACGUUUGACUUGUAAAGAUUAUUGGGGUGCGAAAGUUGAAAAUAACAGCCUUUCUCCAUUAUCUUUGGCUCAGAGUCAGAAAAUUUCACCACGACAAUACCAAAAGGUCGCCAUCGUAACUAGGGCAUCUGUUCAAGCCUGGGACGACAUUGAUGCAUUACUGCAUAAAAAAGGCUGGCUUGGAGGGAAAAAAUUACAGACAAAUUUACCCAUCGAGGAAGUAUUAAAGCUGAUGCAAGAUCAUCGAGCGCCUUCUGGAAUUAUGGAAAAAUUUCUAAAUUAUGUAGAGAGUACAAAGAGAUUGGAGGUUGCAAAGAAUCUCAAUUGUUAUAAAGCUGUCAUUAAUAUAUUUGGAUCGCAAGGGGAUCGCACGGCAUUGCUUGAAUAUAAAGCGAGUCUUCGACCACAAUCGGAAGAAUAUUUCUAUGCUGAAAGCAUUCUGUGCAGUACAUCGAUAAGAUGGAGAAAUUAGUUGGGCUUUCCAAUGUUAAGAACUUUGAUUGAACAACUUUUGUAAAUAGAUGCACGUAUUAUGUAAUUGUUUUAUAAUAUUGUGAUUGAGAUUAUUACAAAAAUUUGUACAAGCCAUAGGCUCAUAUAAGAUAUUGUUGAUAUUAGAUCACAUUAUUGACGUUAAUUUAUUUAUAAAGGACAGCAACGUAUAUU